GCGCAAGGAGCAGGAGGAGGAUGAGCAGGAGAUGAAGGCCAUGCUGGAACAGGCCCAGAACCGCCGGCUCCUGGUGGAUUCCGACUCCGACGAGGAACCGGCAAAACCUCGCCCCAACCCCACGGCCCAGACAAAACCCACGGACAUCCUGCAGGAGGACCCCCAGCCCCAGAGCAAGAGGCCAAGGACGGAGAGCUGGGAGCGCAGCGUGGGCAAGCUCAGCACCAGGGCCCAGCUGGCAGGGCUGGUGGCCCCCAGGAAGCAGAAGCCAGAUCCUGCCCUGGAUAACAGGAUGGAAACCCCAGGGACCACGGCCACCACCGGCUCCCUGCCAGCACCAGCAGCACCAGCAGCAGCAGCAGCAGCCACGUCCUCGCUGGGUUUGCUGGGAGCCUACUCGGACAGCGAGGGCAGCGCCAGCGACUGAGGAGCCGGCGGGGCGGGGACAGCAGGGACAGAGCCG